CAGGUCUCUGCGUCGUUGUCAACCGUCGGGAUGUGGUAGUUGAGAGUCGCAUACGUUAUUAUUAUUUCAAGUACGAGGUGACAGAUUGUGCCAGAGUCGAGGAAGUAGCUACUGUGUUUGGGGGUGUUUGUGCCGUAUCGGUUGAAACAGACGCCCUUAGUCGGUAGAGUCGUCGCGGGAGGAGGCAGUUUGCUUUCGUCCUCCAGGUCUCCUCUCCUCUUCCCCUUCCUCCUCCUUCCCAUCCUCCUCUCUCGCGACAUCCCAGUCGCUAGGACUGCUCCCAGGGCGUAUGUCAUGACCUCCAACGUCAUCCAUCAUGAAGACCACCUUAGGUUUCUGCUCGACCAACGCGCCGCCAGAGCAGAUCUCCAUGGUCGCUUUCCGUCCCAGUCUGACUUUUCAGAUUCCCCCUCUCUAUACAGUCAUGCCCAUUUCUCCCCUCAACCCUCUGACACUGAUGCCCACUCAAUCGCCUUUCAUUACACCAUUUCUUCUCACAAUCACCGCGCUCCAUCCCCCGACUUUCGUUCCCCCGUAUCUGACCGGGAGCGCCUGAACUUUCCUGAAGCCAGCAGCCUUGACCUAGAUGACGAUUCUCAGUCAUCCCUCUUUUAUUCUGUUGAGGGUGGCGACGACGACGAUAAUUCUUCUCAAGCAAGCCAAGAUGAUGCCGAAGGUGAAGAGGACACUAGAGUCAGCACUUAUGGACCCAAAAUGCGCUUCCACUCCCGUGCUCCUUGGGAGACCGGCGAAGAAGAUGACCUCCCUGACGAUUCUUCUGCACGCCGCAAGAAGCACCCGGGUAAGAAAUCUGACGCGCCAAAGAAAUCAUGGGGUUUGCCGUCCAGAACCAGUCAUGACACUAGACCAAGCGUCGAGUCUACCCGUUCGCAGGGUAAGAUGAAACAGUCCUUGGAUGCCCAAUCCACUUCUUCCAACGGAAGCGCUCUCUUGUGGGUAAUCUCCAUGAUGCUGCUUUGUCGUUUCAUUCACUCAUUCUUUGCUUCCGACAGAGCAUUAGCCCAGGCGUCCAUGUCCUCUACGUCACUUGCGCUCUCAUCUUCACCCUCACCUCAGUCUACAUUACGUGACAAGUUGAAUUUUCCCCGUUUGCGCACACGCACUAGCUCUAGUGCCAAGGGCCUCUCGAAGCCAGAUACGGUGGACACUCGGUCGAUUGCUUCCGCAGCUCCUUCAUACUCAGUGCAUGCAUCACCCGUCUCUCAUUAUCGCACAAUGUCUCCAACAGAAUCCCUAUUCUCCAGUAGAGAUAUUGGCCCACCUUCUCCUGGAGCCCCUAUGCAUCCCUACGCCAAUCCGGACCUCGUCCGACUCACGGUUCAUGACAACGCAUCGCAGCAGCAUCUGAACGAACUACACGCCUUAGCGAGUACCUCUUCCGUCUUCCCGCCGGCCCCUAACCGCAGCGAGUCUGGAGCCACGCUGACGGAUAGUACAAGUUCGAGUACUAUGGCACAUUCCGGCUCAGAGUCUACCGUCACGUUGACCCCAGUUACUUCCAUGUCGUCUAUGCAGUCGAAGUUCGACAUCUCACCCGUUCCUCGUUCUGGUGGCGCCCAGAGAGGUAUAUCCGCUCCUGUUUCGGUGAACAAGUCGAUGAUGAGGAACAUCCCUCCACAGUCACCUCCAGGAGCGGCUUCUGGUAACUUUAGGGAUACGACGUUUAGUGCUUCUGCGACGCCGAACAAUUGGGUGGAGACGUCCGGUGCUUCAACAAUCAAAUUGAUAUCUCUUGCUGAAGCACAGGCCCAAGCUCGAGAAAGGUCUCGCAGCGCCACUGCAACUGUCGCAUCGGUUGCCGCAUCCAACUCAGCAGCUUCGCGCAACUUUGACUUCGAUCCUCCACCAAGUCCUGCUGUGUCUAGUCAGUCAGGGUGGUCGAGAAUGAGAUCUGUCAGUGCCGGCAGUUCCAAGUCGAAAACCGGCGUUUCCGCGUCUGGUGAUCCUGUCCCUCCGAUGCCAACAGAUUACCCGUCAUCCACCCAAAGUCAGCAAGGAGGUAACCAGAAUCCUCAUAGAGCUGUCACGAGGAAGAAGAGUGGAUUCAUGCGACUGUUCAAUGGCAAAGAGCGCCCUCACACUGUGUAUACGCCUCCUGCAACCCCUUCUACACAAACUGCACCUCCUUCGCCUGGACCACCAGUACCUCGCAAGGUAACAUCGCAUCGUGUCCCAGUUCCCUCUAUCGCUCCAUUGGAAGCUCAGAACACUGGCUCGAAUAGCAGUUCUGGAUCCGAUCGCCUCAUUGCUGGCUCCAUACAGCAGCAGCUUAGUGCGAGGAGAAAUGUUCCGGGCCUGUCCAUUGUGACACAUCCACCGAGUUCGACCAGGUCCACGCACAGGUCUGCAUCUCCUGGUCUCAGUGAAUCAGCACACCACGGACAGCUGUUGACCCCCACUACUGCUGCUUCAAGCUUCGCUUACAGUUCGGCUAUGACGGAUAGUUCAAUUCCUAAUAGUGCCCCGCCAGCAUCAGCGGAUUUCUUGGGAGUCAAUAUUCGCCCCGUGUCGACGAUGUUCACCAAGAAUUUUUCUGAACAUUUGGUCACCGAUCGGUUCUCUUCCGACCAACCUCGUCCGUCACUCGAGACAGAUACAGGGACCCCAACCACGGCUAGUGCGAUUUCCCCAAGGAGCCCCGCGUUCCUCGCUCGUUCUAGUGACGAGAAGCAUCUGCCAAUUGGCAUUGCCUCCCAGCAAGAUGAUCAGUCUUCCGUGAUUCAGGCCUUACAAGAACAAAUUAUGACCGCUCGUCGAGCAUGGCAACGACAGAUCUGGGAGCUAGAAGGACAAGUUAGAGAUCUCAAAGCUGAGGUCGAUGGUUUGCGAAUGUCGGAUAGCUCUCAAGAGUACUGUGCUACCUGCGGUAGAGGCUCAGUUGGACGACCGACUGUAGAUGGGGAAGGCAAAACCGAUGAUCAUCGCAAAGCUGGCGGAAAGUCUGGCGGUGUGGUCAAUCGUCCCCGUGCGCGUACUGGCGUGGGGUCUCGGUUUGCCAGUGCGACAUAGAAGCUAUGUUUUCGUUUUGGCUGAUCGUCAUGUCUUUGGAUCCCAUCUUCAAGUUCUAGGCUGUAGACGUGCCACGGGUUGCGCACCCACGACAUCUAUGUCCCAUUUUUUAUUGGUAUUAUUUGUACUCUUGGAUUAAUUAGAUUCCCCCCUCCUCCCACACGGACAGGAUUGUCCCACUAGUUUUUGUAAUGCCCCCCCUCAUACCCCCAACACCCCCUGUACCUCCCUCUUUUUUGUCUCGGUUUGUUGCCCUGUUGUUGACAUCAUGAUGUUGUCACUCACGUUCUUUCGCUCUCUCACAUUCACAUUCUCCCUCCUCCAUUCUUUAUACCUUCCAACACCCUUCCAGCUCUUUCACUGCUGCACGUUGAAAACCUUGUUUGCUUUGUCGUUUUUGUACUUGCUCAUGGUUACUUCGCGCACGCUCAAGUGUGUAUGUUGUACUUUACUAUCCUCAUGAUAAUGACCCCUCGGAUUUUACAAUGUUGUGUUGUGAGCAUGGUGAUAAUGUCAAUGUCAUGAUAACAUUCAGGAAAGUAUUGUGACUACAUGAGAGAUCCACAUCACUCCUCAUCGCCCAAUAACCAUCCCAAUCCUUUCUGUAGAACACGGCUAGCUUGGGCAGACACCUCUGCACCAUCAUACUUCGGAAGACUCCUCUCGCUACUUCUUGACCGAUCCCUUUCUGGAAGUAAAGAACGACCGCGUGCUCCGACGCUGAAUGGGAAAUUCGCCGCAACCCGGUGGAAAGCUUUGUUUGCCAACGCUGCAGCGUCUGCGUUCACGAGAGGAGCCGAAGGAAUCUGCAGAUGCUGCAGUCGUUCUGCCAAUGAUGCAGCUGCUGAUUGUGUGGUUCUAGAUCGUCCAUGUGCAGCCCGAUUAACAUCACGUUUGAGGCCAUUCUGACGAGCAGUCAAUCUGCCCCGUCGUUCCUCAAUAUCAUCAUCUUCCAGACGUCGCC